AAGCAACGACCGCGUCCGAUUUCCUUUACUUCAGUGCAUCGACACCCGUACUCUCGUCUCUAAAUCGACCACCGAAAGCACACCCAUGUCCCUUUGAUCAAAUUCGUACGCUUCAAACAUGGCAGAGGAAGCGUUGUCAUGUUUCGAGGAUCUGGCGUCUAGCAUACCAAGAUGGAUCGCCGAACUCGGUGAGAUCACAAGAAAUGCGACUGUCCGGCAGAGACAAUAUCUACUAGAGCACCAAGAGUCGGAUUGUGUUAUACCACCUCGGAGUCCUUGUCGGAAAAAGUCCAAAUCGUCCUCGCUGGCCUCUGCGGAGUCUCACACGGCUGCAAAACGAUCCGCGGAAAUCCUCCGGCCACAACUGCCUUAUCUCACUGAUUCUGACGCUCUCCGCCUUGAUCAGCGGCAGAGAAAAACCGUCUCCGCUUUGUCCGGCUGUCAAUCUGGUCCCGUAAUAUAUCGCUCAAGCGGACUGAUCGUCAUUUAUUAUGACGCAGACAUACAAAAACGCUUUGAACAGGUUGUCAGAUCGAUAUCGACUGGUCGGAAUGAACUGCGCAAAGGCAAGAUGGGAAUGACUGUCGCAGCACUAUCACGAUCAGGAUCAAGCAGCAGUAGCGACGGCAGCAGUGACGGAGAAGAAUUCUCACCAUCCUCAUUUAAAAUACGCCUCUCUCGCUCAAGUCGAGCCAUCCCGUCCACUUUUAAACGGGACGACGGCACUCAAUACUUUGACCGCAUCGAUGGUCACUUAGAUCGAGGUAUAUCAUUAUGUGAGCGUGCUGCACAUCAAAUCUUACGAGACGGAGAUUGUGAGGCGGAAAUGGUCAAGGUCUAUGCCGCACUCAACGAAGGCCUCGUUGUCGUCCAAGAGAAGAUCCCAACACUGCGAAAGCAAGCAGAGAAAGCCGCACAUCGUCGACGGAAAAGCGCUGAACGAAAACGGGGCAGUGGUAAUGAGCGUCGAGUCGAUCAUGACGAGACACCAAUAAUGAAGCAUGCCAUGCCGCCUGGCGAGAUAUCACUCGCAGAUGCGCUUGAGGUUGACGAUGAUAGUGACGACGGUUCAGGCGAGUAUGACAUCAAUACCUUCCAAAUGGGUAAGAUGUCAAACUUUCGCCGCGCGCCACCGGUGAACCGAUAUGCCGCUGCCGCGAUCUUAUGAUGGUCUUUGGGAAUUCUAUUGCAUUUUGAGCGUUGCAUUUUUAUACUCAUGUCCUUUCAGGGCGAAUCUAGCGGGGAGUCAUGGGGUGUUUGGAAUGGGGGCAUAUCACAAAGGGCACGCCGGCGAGCGGCCCUUCACGAGCAUUUUUCUUAUUUUGCCUCGAGCAUUCUUUUC